AGAACCCUGCCUAUAAAAACGAAGCCAAAAACCUUUUUCAUAAACCCUAAACCUUGCAAAAACCCUAGCAAUGGCUUUCACCACUAUUGUUCGCAGAGCUUCUGCAUCCGUACUACCUUUUGCACGCUCCAUUAGUGCUCGGAGAACAUUCCACAGUGCAAUAUCCGCCGCUAUCGGUGUAGAAAAGCAGAGUCUUGGCCACAAGGUCGACCAUCGCCAACUCUUUCUUCCAUUUUCACGAUUCUCAACGGCCAGCAUUUCGAAAAAGAGCGCCGAAGAGAGUCUGAUUCGAGUCCUCGAGUCUGAGAUUGAUUGCGCGUUGGAACCUACAGAUGCAGAGGAGAUAAUACCAGAUGGAUUUCCUUUUGAAAUCCAAGAUAAUCCUGGAGAGAGAACGAUUUUACUAGAAAGGAAAUACCAAGAUGAGAUAAUCAAAGUCGAAGUUGAUGCACCUAGUAAUCCAGAUGAGGAUGUCGAGGAGGAUGACGAUGACGAUGAUAGAAACACAGAGGAGUCAGCCGUUACACCAAGCAUUCCAUUGGUUGUAAGUAUUUCUAAAGGGAAUGGCCAGUGUCUUGAGUUUGGCAUCACUGCUUUCCCUGAUGAGAUCACAAUUGAUACGUUGUCGAUUAGAAAUCCUGACUCUUCUGAAGAUCAACUUGCAUAUGAAGGGCCAGAUUUUGGUGAUUUGGAUGAAAAUUUGCAGAAGGCUUUCCACAAAUACCUUGAGAUUAGAGGGAUCAAACCCAGCACAACAAACUUUUUGUUUGAUUACAUGGAAAACAAGGACAACAAAGAGUACCUGCUAUGGUUGAAGAAUCUCAAAAGUUUUGUGGAAAAGUAACUCAAAAACCCUUUUCAACAAUGUAUGUUGUGGGUAGGGGUAUCUGCCUGUUUUGUUUUGUGAUAGGUUUAGAAUGGCAGAGAGGGAAUAAGAAAGUAGUAGCUAUUUAUCAAUGUUAUACAUUAUAGACUCUUCCAUGGGUGAUAAGAAUAGCCUGAUCAAUGAGAUUUCAACAAACAGAUGCAACGUUCAACUGCUGAUUUUGUAUGGUCUGUAACUUCUCCAUUAAAUGUGUUGAGGGAUCAAUAGUUUUCA